AUGGUAAAAAGUCCCGAUAGGUAGAAAAUAAAUGUGAUUUUUGCACAGAGGAAGCUGAAGGUGGUCAUCUGUUCCUCUGGGGCCAUGAGAGGGUCUUUGUGAGUUGCUCUUUGAUGGGCAGAGGAGGCAGGACUCCUUCCCUGGGGUGUCAGACAGCAGAAAGGCAGGGAGGUGUAGAAAUCUUUCUUGUUCAGCAUUUAGCAUCUUUAAUUGUCCCUGAGACUGAGUGCCUGAAAUCUUGCUGAAAAAAGAUCAUUUUUUGGUGAUUUCUUAGUUGGUCUAAUAACACGUAUCAUCUCUGAAUCCAAGAGUCCUAGAGUUUUGCAUUUAUUUGCAUCUGAGACCAACACAGCUACCAAAUACAUCCCUGGCUCAAAUCAAGGUGCUCCACAUCCACCGGUCUGCCCGCACCCACAGAGCCAGUCACUUCGUCAUGAAGGCAGUCAGGUUGGUCAGGCAAGACUUGCCCUUGGUGAACCCAUGCAGACUGUUCCUCAUCACCCUUUUCUCUACCAGAAAUCGGUAGCAGACGACGGGGAGGUCGCAGCCAAAUCCACCGGGCGAAGGCACCCUCGGCACAGGAACUGUCAAGACCCAUCCAGUGGGGAAAGGGACAGCGACAGCACAGAGGACACUGAGACAUCCAGAUCGGAUACGGUGGAAGACUCCUCUGAAGGAUGUGAAGACAGCGUGGAAGUACCAGAGGAUUUGAAGUUACUCUUUUGGGAGCUGUGCCAUGCACGGAGUGAUCACUUCUCUACCACUUACUGCUCUGCAAGGGGGAUGGUGAUAAAGAUGGAGGAGGAAAUCCACUUUCUGGUGGACUUGCUGCGGAUCGUGAAACUCUUCCCAAGCCCCUGCAUCCUGCAGCUCAUCUGCGCCCUCAAAGACGGCCUGACAGUAGUCGUGCGCUGGGCCCUCCAGAAUUACAGGCUGCACCAGAAGCAGAAGGAACAAGCCGGCCCCGAGAGAUCUGAGGCAGCUCGUGCUCAUCAUGCUGCACCACCCCCCACAACAAGUCCAGCCAGCUCGACACCGGCAGCAAGCGGGAGGCUCAGCAUAUCGACCUCCUGGUCACCAUGGACUGCUGCUUCUCCGACCCCUCCGGUCUCUACCCCUGCCUGGCCAACACUGCCACCGUGGACUGCUGCUUCUCCACAAUCCGUGGCCUCUACCCCUGCCGGGCCACCACUGCUACCGUCGACUGCUGUUUAUCCACAAUCCAUGGCCUCUACCCCUGCCGGGCCACCACUGCUACCGUCAACUGCUGUUUAUCCACAAUCUGUAGUCUGUACCCCUGCUGGGCCACCACUGGCACUGUCAACUGCUGCUUAUCCACAAUCCGUGGCCUCUACCCCUGUCAGGCCAACACUGCCACCGUCGACUGCUAUUUAUCCACUAUCUCUGGCCUCUACCCCUGCCAGAGCAACACUACCACCGUCAGCUGCUGCUUAUCCACAGUCUGUGGCCUCUACCCCUGCCAGACCACCACUGCUACUGUCGACUGCUGUUUAUCCACCAUCCAUGGCCUCUACCCCAGCCAGACCAUCACUGCCACCGUCAGCUGCUGCUUAUCCACAAUCCGUGGCCUCUCCCCCUGCCGGGCCACCACUGCUCCCGUCGACUGCUCCUUAUCCGCAAUCCGUGGCCUCUCCCCCU